AUGGUCAGAGUUCACUUAAGUGGAAACGGGGACAGAAUUUUCAAUAUAAAAAAGAAGGAAAUCAGAGAAGUUUUAAGGCGUACUCUUCCCCUAAGAUCAGAUAAAGAGGAAGGCAGUCUUAUCUACAAUAAUUUUUAUCCAUACAAUUGGAACAUUGGUACAACAAUGCAGAUCUCUUUCCAUCUUUUCAAUGAACACGCGUACCACUUUCUUAAUCUAUGUUAUGGCUUUGAAAAUGUCAAACUUCAGAUAAUCUCAUAUGAUGACGAAAACAACAUUGAAGUUACAACUCACAGUACAACGGGAGUGACUCUAUGUACUACAAUUGGAAGGUCACAAUUUACAAGUAAAUUAAAAAUUUCUCUUAGUAAAGUUGACCAUCUUCAAGCAGCGACAAUUUGGGAGCUACGUUUUUAUGGUGAUUGUGAAGCGCCCUAUUAUGGCCUUGAAUGUGACCAUGUUUGCAGCAGAAGCUGUUAUAAACGAGUUUGCUAUUUGGACGGAACAUGCCGUGCCUGCUACCAUGGCUGGAAAGGCGCGCAAUGUGAUCAAGAAGAUACUGAGGCUUUCUAUGAGAUCAAAGGACUGAUCACACAAAAACCGUGGCCUCUGCCGCCGGUUUACCCCCCACCCCCACAACCUCGGUACAACAGCACCUUCCUAGGUUUGGCUAUACUGCUGGUGGGGUCGGUGAUUAUAGCUCUGAUGAUUGCCCUCACAUGCUACCUAAAGCCUGUCUACAUAGUGGCUACCAUAGACAUACAUUUAGAAACAGUUUUGUGA